AUGUCCUCUACAGCAAACUCUGCCGUCAAUGGCGGGAACGCCAGCAAGAAGCCCCAAUAUGACCCCGAUUUCACAGAUAGCGUCAUCGCGGCAACGGGCCCCAAGGCCAGCCCACGUAUUAGGCAAAUCAUGACCUCCCUGAUUAAACACGUUCACGACUUCGCGCGUGAGAACGACCUCACUGUAUCUGAGUGGAUGCAGGGCGUGGAGCUGCUGAACCGGUCCGGGCAGAUGUCCAACGACCGGCGGAACGAGACACAGCUGCUGUGCGACGUCAUUGGGCUGGAGAGCCUCGUGGACGAGAUCACCAACAAGCUGCUGGUGGGCGCCGACUACGAGAGCACCAAGACCGCGAUCCUGGGCCCCUUUUUCAGGAAGGACACGCCGCCGACGGAGAACGACACCAGCAUCAUCAAGACCAUGCCCGCCGACGGCGAGGUCGUCUUCAUGCACGGUGUGGUCACGGACGCGGUGACGGGCAAGCCGAUCGAGGGUGUCACGGUGGAUAUCUGGCAGUGCAGCACCAAUGGGCUGUAUGAGCAGCAGGACCCGGACCAGGCGGACUUCAACCUGAGGGGCAAGCUUACCACAGACAAGAACGGCUACUACGGGCUUUACUGUAUCCGACCAGUACCGUACCCGGUGCCAUAUGAUGGUCCGGCAGGAGAGGUCUUGCAGCUCCUCGAUCGCCACCCGUACCGGCCCGCUCACAUCCACAUUAUGGCUGGCAAGGGCGCAGUGUACGCACCCCUGGUGACACAGAUCUUUGACAGGAAGACCAAGUACCUCGACAACGACUCUGUCUUCGCUGUCAAGGACGACUUGGUGGUUGACUUCAACCCAGCGAAGGACAAUUCGAAGGCCUCUUUGGAGCUGGAAUACAACAUUCGACUGGCCGCGCAAAAGGCUUGA